UACUAAAAAAAAAAAAAAAAAAGGAGUUUCCGUGAAUUUUCAGCUAAAAUUACAUAAAAUUGGUUCUUUAAGAAUUAAAUAAUGCCUUUUUAGCUUAUCCAUACUUUAAUUAUAAUAUUUAAAUUGUAAAACAUGUGGCAAUUACUACAAUCACAGUUAUGUCAAGCCUCAAGGCAGAGGUUAUUAUUAACAAAGUGUAAUGGGUCUUUUAUGAAUAUAUUAAAAAAUAAGCCAACAAAUGUAUAUCAACGCUACAUUUCUGAUGUAAAGAGAACUGUGGAAAAUGGUGCAAAGUCCAAUGUUUUAUUAGUUUGUAGUCCCUGGAAGCUCUGUACCGGUGUUAGUUUAGGCUUAGCAGCUCGUUUAUUAUUAAAUAAUAGCUCUGUGUUGUGUAAAGCGCAGAAUUCUAGGUUAAUACAAAGAAGAUCAAACAUACAUAGUGACAAUGCAAAAUUUGACUGGAAAAGGUUUCUAGAGUACUUAAAACCUCAUAAGUGGCUGCUAGCUGCUGCUGUGGCGUCAGCUCUAGCUGUGGCAUUUUUAAAUGUGUACAUUCCGGCUAUGCUUGGUGUGAUUGUCAAUGUAUUAGCCAAUAUGAAGACCAACCCCAGUGCAGACUUUAUUGAGGAGAUAAAGUUGCCAGCAUUGAAAUUGAUAUCUUUGUAUAUAGGACAGGCUGCCUUCACAUUCCUGUACAUUCAUUUGUUGGCACAAGUCGGUGAAAUGGUUGCGGCUCAAAUGAAACAAGACCUCUUCGUGUCCAUACUACAGCAGGAUAUGGCGUUUUUUGAUCGCGAGAGGACUGGCGAACUUGUUAAUAGAAUAACUGUUGAUGUACAAGACUUCAAAAGUUCAUUUAAACAAACUAUAUCUGGAGGAUUAAGAGCAAUAACACAGGUUAUAGGUUCAGCUGUGAGUCUACUAAUCAUCUCUCCACACUUGACUGGCUUGACGAUGAUAUGCGUGCCGUCAGUAGUCAUUGGUGGGACGUUUAUCGGCUCUUUAUUGAGGAAGCUUUCAAGAGAAGCGCAAGCGCAGAUAGAAAAAGCAACAUUGGUAGCUGAGGAGGCGAUAUCUAACAUGCGUACAGUGCGCGCGUUUGCGGGCGAAGAAAAUGAAGCAGAGAUGUUUGCGCGGGAAAGCGACGCCGCCGCCGCCCUCAGUAUGGAGUUGGGACUUGGCGUCGGUCUGUUCCAGGCCGGGACUAAUCUAUUUCUCAAUGGGAUGGUGCUGGCCACGAUGUUCCUCGGCGGUCACCUGAUGUCUUCAGGCCGUAUGUCGGCCGGUGACGUCAUGGCGUUCCUAGUGAACGCGCAGACCGUGCAACGGUCCGUAGCGCAACUGUCGCUACUGUUUGGCUCUGUGGUGAAGGGAAUCAUCGCCGGAGGACGAGUAUUUGAGUAUAUAAAUAAGGUACCACAAAUGGACACAUCUGGCACAAAGAUAAUCAAGUACCACGAACUUCAUGGAGACAUUGAAUUUAAAGACGUCACAUUCGCUUAUCCUACGCGGCCUGAAGCCACGGUAUUGAAAAACUUCAAUCUAAAAAUACCUGCGGGUAAGACGGUCGCCAUUGUGGGCACGUCGGGUAACGGGAAGUCCACAAUAAUAGCUUUGUUGGAAAGAUUCUACGAUGUAAACAGCGGUGAAGUGACGAUAGAUGGGGUCAAUAUUCGAGAUUUGGACGCGAAAUGGCUCCGGGGACGGGCCCUCGGUCUGAUCAGUCAGGAGCCGGUGUUAUUUGCAACCACAAUUAAAGAGAAUAUACGGUAUGGAAAACCAGAUGCUAGUGAUGCUGAGGUAUAUAACGCAGCGAAAACAGCUUUUGCCCACGACUUCAUCUUGAAUUUCCCCGACGCAUACGACACGAUGGUUGGCGAACGUGGGGUGGCUCUCAGUGGUGGGCAAAAACAAAGGAUAGCUAUAGCCAGAGCUGUGUUGAAGAACCCGCCCAUACUAAUAUUAGAUGAAGCUACAAGUGCUUUGGAUUCUGCGAGUGAACAAGUAGUACAAGCGGCGUUGGAGACUGCGGCUCGUGGCCGAACCGUGCUGUUGGUCGCGCACCGUCUUUCCACUGUUCGUGCUGCAGAUCUUAUUCUCGUGCUCCACGGGGGAGUCAUUGUAGAGAUGGGCACACAUGAACAGCUGAAGAAGCAGAAAGGUUUCUACUGGAACCUGAUUAGGCAACAGGACCAAGACACCGAAAGUUCCAGACUCUUAUGAAAUUAAACUAAGUAGGCGUUUGCUAUUUAGUGAAAUUUGCUUUAUACGUUAAUGCCCAUGCUUAGUUAGUUUUAAAUAACUAAUUAUUAUAUUAAUUAUUGUAUACAAUAGUAAAAUUAUUGAAAUCCUUUUAAUAGAGUGUUCUCUCAGUGAAAUCGAAAGUUUUCUCAAAGAAUUAUGGGUCACAAAAUACAAAAAAAAAUUAAGGUGGUAUUAAGCAUUCAGCUGUCAAAUUAGUACAGAAAAUUUAAUGAUUAAAAUGAACGCAGCUGUGUCUGCGUGGCUGUGUUUCGGUUUGAAAGACGGAUAUGGUACUGAAAUUGCAGGAUACGUAGUUAUAACAUCUUAUUCCUCAGGAAUGGCAACUCAUAUGGGGUUUCACUUUCAAUCAGUUGUGCCGUUAGCUUAUUUGCCAUUCUAAGAGUCAAAAAAGGUGUAUGUAAAUCUUAUAACAUUACCAAUUAGCAUCAUCUCUGGUUUUAAUUUUUUUUUAUAAUAUGAGAAAUAUAUAAAUCAGCAGGAAAAAUUUACUUUUAAAUUUUAUUAUUUAUUUCUGCAUUCUAAGAAGUAUAGAUACUUUAAUAAUAUCAAUAAUAUUAAAAAAAAAAAGUAUUACAUCACCUUGGUGAUAGUGGUGGGUUUUUUAAUGUUUGAAAAAAAAAUCAUGUUUGACCUCAAUUUUUUCAGAAAUAAGUAUAAGUCUUUUAUUUUCUUAUUUCAGUUUCAAGGCACUAUUACAAAUAUGCUCCACGCUUAGAUUAUUUCUUGAUGGAGUAUCGACCGUAAAAAAAAAACUUUCAAAAAUAUUUAUUUCUUAAAAAUAAACUUUUUUUUUUUAAUAAUAUAAACUUUGCCAUUAUUAUUAGUGUUGCAACUAAUGACUAUUAUACUUUGGUAAUUAAUUGAUGAAUCGCAAUAAAGCAUGUAGUCUAUGAUACAAAUUUACUCAUACAAUAAAAAAAAGAAAUAUUUGGUCUUUUAACGAUGACAUAAACUUUUACAUUUUAUUGAUCUGUUUCCAUUACGAAGUUCUUUGUUUUUUCUUCUGUGUUUAUGAUGCAGUAUACCGCUUUUUGUGGACCGUGUUUUUUUUUUUUUAAUUAAAGGCCAUUUUCCAACAGAUGGGCAAAUUGCAUAAAAAAAUGUGUUGAUUUCAUAUUCCAUACUAUUUAAGCUUAUGACUCUGCAUUUCUUUGCAAUAUUAAAGGUUAAGAGUACAGAAUACAGUCGAUAUAUUUGAUAGUUUUGACUAAUUUUUUUUUCUUUUAUUUUCUAUUCUAUUUUAUUUUUUGGUAAUUUAAUAUGUACCUAAGUGUAAGUUUCAAUUUGUAUUAAGGAAAAUGUUCACAUUGUUUUUAUAUGAGUGAACUCAUCUCUAUAUUUGCUUUUAACUAAUUUUAAAAUGAAAUUUUAUUUAUAAUUAGAUUCUAAUAACCACAGUUACCGAACCAAAUAGGAAAUCUAUGUUUCACUUUUAUUUGUAUAGGUAUAAAGUUUAUAAUAUAUUACAGAAUAAUAUGUGUAAAUUAAUUAUUUAUUUUUUAAUAUACUGUGUAAAGAUUAUAUACAUCUUGUAACAUAUUACUUUUUAAAAUUAUGUAUUUGUAAUACAUAAUAUGGUAUUUAUGUACUAUUUUUAUUUUGUCGCAA